GGAAGCGCUUGGCGGCUGUGAUGUGAUAGCCGGAGUGCGGAGCCGCGUGUAGCUUUCUAGAACAAACCCAAGCCUGCAGCCGCCGGCCGAGGCUGAACUUGGCUUUAUUUGCGAGUGUACGACUGCUGUAGCUUCAUAAUGUCUGUCCUUUGCUACAACAAGGGAUGUGGACAGCGUUUCGACCCCGAAAACAAUCCAGAAGAUGGUUGUACCUAUCACCCUGGAGUACCAGUUUUUCAUGAUGCACUGAAGGGUUGGUCCUGCUGUAAGAGACGAACAACUGACUUCUCAGAUUUCCUUAGCAUUGCUGGUUGUACAAAAGGCCCUCAUAACAAGGAGAAGCCCCCCGAGCCUGUCAAACCUGAAGUCAAGUCAUCUGGAGAAAAGAAGGAUGUGGAUGGUCUUAAGCCAAAGUGUUUUGAGUCUAUCGUCCAAGCACCAAAACCUGCUGAAUGUUUUCGGCGGCCAAGUCCGGAUGAACCCAUCUCAAGACUUCAGCAGAAGGUCUCUGCCUCACUCAAACAGGCUUUAGAAAAGCUCAAGCUGUCUGAAAAUGCACCCGACAAAAAAGAGGAGGAAGGAGACGAAAUUAAGAUUGGAACAUCUUGUAAAAAUGGAGGCUGCACUAAGACCUUCAAUGGACCAGAGAGUGAUGAAGAAGUCUGCUCUUUUCAUGCUGGAGUCCCCAUCUUCCAUGAAGGGAUGAAAUACUGGAGCUGCUGCAAGAGGAAAACAUCUGACUUCAACACUUUUCUUUCACAAGAGGGAUGCUCCAAAGGAAAGCAUCUGUGGCGCAAGAAGGACAUGGGUAAAAAGGUUGUUCCAUGCAGGUUUGAUUGGCACCAAACAGGGAGUCAAGUCACCAUAACUGUCUACGCCAAAAACUCCAUCCCUGAACUGAGCUAUGUGGACGGGAACAGCACCACACUGGAUAUUCACAUUAUAUUUGAUGGAGACAAGGAAUUCGAACAGAAGAUCAUCUUAUGGGGUGUCAUCGACAUAAGCAAAAGCACAAUGAACAUGAUGGCUGCUAAGAUCGAGAUUGUGUUGAAGAAAGCCGAGCCAGUGUCUUGGGGACGGCUGGACCUUCCACCUGUGACCAGUCCGCCCAAAGAACCGGAGAAGAAGAAAGAAAGCGAUAGCGACGAUGAUGACGAUUAAACAAACAUGCAAGAGCAACAGUGAAGUACUGUAUGAAGUCUUCAAACUGAUUCUAUAAUGCGAGAAGUUCAGGAAGAUGACUAGGUGCAUGAAAGCGUUUCCUUCUGUGAAGACUAGAGUUUUUUUCUACAUGUCCUGAUGUCAUUGCAGUUUGCAACAUGACAGUGCUUUUUAGCUUUUCACAUUCCAAAGAAUAUCAUUUGAAAUUACAGUAAUGAUUGUAGUAGGUUUUUAAGAGUGGCUGUUUGGUACUUUGCACCAUCAGCCAGCACAUUUUCCACACUUGGAGCUUGAGAGUUCCAGAGCCAGUUUAACAUAAACUUGAAAGCGACGAUGGUAUGCUAUUGUCCCUUUGUUGUCAACUCAGUUUCAGGAGAUAUUGGAGGUCUUCGGAUCUUCAUUGAAACAGAGCUUUUGUCAUCUUUGAUUUUAUCAUUGUAUCACAUACACAUUCCUGUUUUUCCCUCCAUGUUUUAAGAUUUGCCUACGACAAUUACUGAGUUUAUUAAAGGUCGGACCACUCACACCCCUAGAUUCAUUGCUGAAAAUGAUUCAUAGAAGCAUGUCGUUUGAGACGGGUCUACUUUUUUAGUAGAAUAAGCAUGUAUUGGAGAUGGGAGUUAAACCACCACUUAGCCCAUCUGUAGCCAUGUAGAAAUUGGUUAAUGUCCAAUAAAAAUAUGAUCUAUGUAAGUUUUGCAGUAUAAUAGUGGACAAAGGAAACAAAAGAAGGUGAAAAGGUUGAAUUAAGUCUUUAACUCUUUACUGCAUUGUUGCCAUAUGGCAUCAAUUACUUUUAAGUCUGACUUAAUUUUUUGUUUACUUUAGGAAACAAGGCUUUGUGUAAUACAGUAUACUUUUUCCUGUUGUCUGUAUAUCUUCACCCAUGUUAGUCCUCUCUAUAUGUUUAGUCAAAAUGGCCAAGUUAUUUUUUCCGUAUCAGGGGGAAAAGCAGAAAACAUUUAUCAGAAAAUUAUACAAAACCCUCCAACACUGAA